AUGGAGAUACUGAUGGAGAUGAGGAAUGAGACAACUGUCCAGGAAUUCACCCUGCAGGGGUACCCUGCUCUCCAGCAUCUUGGGAAAAUCCUCUUCCUGGUGCACCUGCUGGCGUACCUGGCCUCUAUCACAGGAAACCUGCUCAUCAUCACCGUCACCUGGGCUGACCAGCGCCUCCACACACCCAUGUAUAUUUUGCUCAGCAGUUUCUCCUUCUGUGAAUGCUGUUUUAUUAGCACAGUGAUUCCUAAACUGCUGUCCAUCUUUCUUUUAGGACAGCAAAGAAUUCACUUCAUUGCGUGUCUCACACAAGCGUUUUCUUUCUUAUUCCUUGGGUCAACAAUUUUCUUCCUCCUGGCUGUGAUGUCCUUGGAUCGAUACCUGGCCAUUUGCAAGCCUCUACACUACCCGGCCAUCAUGAACCUGCGGGUGUGUUUGCUUCUGGUUUCCUGCUGCUGCACGGUGUCCUUCCUCUUGUCCUUCCUCUUCAUCACUGCUCUGGUUCUCAAGGUUUCCCAGUUGUCCUUCUGUGGCUCCAACCUCAUCCCUCACUUCUUCUGUGAUCUAGGUUCCUUAAUUCACCUCUCCUGUUCUGACACCAAAGCUGUUGAAAUAUAUACCUUCUUCCUUGCUUUAUGUGUCAUUGUGUUGUCCCUCAUUGUAACCAUCAUAUCAUACAGCAACAUCGUAGUCACCAUCGUGAGGCUCCCGUCAGCCAAGGAGCGACAGAAAGCUUUCUCCACCUGCUCGUCUCACCUCAUCGUCCUCUCUCUCAUGUACGGCAGCUGUCUUUUCAUCUAUGUGAAGCCAAAGCAGACAAGCAGGGUGGACUUCAACAGAGAGGCUGCUCUGGUGAACACGGUGUUGACCCCAGUGCUGAACCCUGUCAUCUACACCCUGCGCAACAAGCAGGUGCACCGGGCUCUCAGGGAUGCUGUGUCCAAGGUGAGACUGCAGAAAUAA